GAAAGCUAACAAUUGAAAUAUUUGUUUAUUUUAUUCGGCGUGAUACGCGCUAUUGAGAUUGAAUAUUUCCAAUUCAAAUAAGAAAACUAAGUAAAAUAAUUGAAAUUAACAUCUAGUUGUUUAUUAAAAAUAUAUUUAUAUACAUUACAAAAUGGAUGAUGAAGCAGAAACAUAUAAAUUGUGGCGAAUUCGUAAAACAGUGAUGCAGUUGUGCCAUGAUAGAGGUUAUCUUGUAACACAGGAUGAAUUGGAUCAAACUUUAGAACAAUUUAAAGAACAAUUUGGUGACAAGCCAAGUGAAAAAAAGCCAGCACGUAGCGAUCUUAUUGUAUUAGUUGCACACAACGAUGAUCCUACAGAUCAACUUUUUGUAUUCUUUCCUGAUGAACCCAAAAUUGGCAUAAAAACUAUAAAAACUUAUUGUCAGCGUAUGCAGGAAGAAAAAAUUCAUAGAGCAAUCAUUGUUGUGCAGCAAGGUAUGACACCAUCUGCUAAACAAUCCUUAGUAGACAUGGCACCUAAAUAUAUUUUAGAACAAUUUUUGGAAUCUGAAUUGUUGAUAAAUAUCACAGAACAUGAACUGGUACCUGAACACAUAGUAUUAACUCCAGAUGAAAAAGAUGAAUUACUAACAAGAUAUAAACUUAAAGAAAAUCAAUUAAUGCGUAUACAAGCUGGUGAUCCAGUUGCUCGUUACUUUGGUUUGAAAAGAGGACAAGUAGUAAAAAUUAUAAGACCUUCCGAAACCGCAGGAAGAUAUAUUUCUUACAGACUCGUAUGUUGAUCAUUGAUACAAGCAACAAUUAAUGUUCAUUUCGUGUUACUUCAAUCCAUUAUUAUUGAUGAAAUUUUAAUUUUGAUCUAUAAUAAUAUUCUUGUAAAUACAAAUAAUUUUUAAAUACAUUAUUAUUAUAAAAU